AUGUCGCGCCCCGAAGAUACCCUCGCGGCCGACAUUCACUACAACGAUACGGAAGCGCGCAAAUAUACGACGUCGUCCCGUAUCCAGAACAUCCAGGCGUCCAUGACUCGUCGCGCCCUCGAGCUCCUCGACCUCCAAUCCCCCUCCCUCAUCCUCGACGUCGGCUGCGGCAGCGGUCUCUCCGGCGAGAUCCUCACCGCCGAACUCCCCGAGCACGGCGGGCCGCACACGUGGAUCGGCAUGGACGUGUCGCCGUCCAUGCUCGACAUUGCCCUGCAGCGAGACGUCGAAGGCGACCUCAUGCUGGCCGACAUUGGCCAGGGCGUGCCCUUCCGCGCCGGCUCCUUCGACGCCGCCAUCAGCAUCUCGGCCAUCCAGUGGCUCUGCAACGCCGAGAGCAGCGACACGUCGCCCGUCGGCCGCCUGACGCGCUUCUUCAACGGGCUCUACGCCUCGCUGCGCAGGGGCGGCAAGGCCGCCGCCGUCAAGGCCGGCUUCGGCGCCGGUAUCCUGGAGGACGACCCCGAGACCAAGAACGUCAAGCUGUACCUCGUCCUGACGGUGGGCGGCGGCGGUGCUGGUGGCGGUGCCGGCGACAUCACAGGCGUCGUCGACGGCAUGGACAAUGUCGACGUCCAGGACGAGAGGAGGAAGGCCGAGAAGACGGGCAAGGGCGAGAUCAAGAAGGGCAGUAAGGCCUGGAUCGUGCACAAGAAGGAGCAGAUGGAGCGCAAGGGCAAGGUUGUCAAGUCGACGUCCAAGUAUACCGGUCGCCAACGGCGCGUUGCCUUUUAG